CUUUUGGAACUCAGAUGCGCGUCAUAGUACGCCCCUGAACUGCUGUCUUUGUAGGCAGCCUACUAGGUUUUAACACACAGCCAUUUCGGAAAGCGUCUCUGGCACGUGGGCUUUAUGCGAUCUAACAGUACGAGCUGAGGCGCUCACUAAUCCGCGUCUUACAGGCGUCUGCUCUCGCAUGCCACAACAACCACCAGCCUUUCAAACUUACAUUUCCAUCCAAACUCCACCGACAACCGCAGGCAAUCAUGACUAUAGACGCGCCCGUUAUUUUGUCCGCACUUUUCUUUACGAUUAUUGCCAUUAUAGUUGCAUCGGCGCUCCUGGCGAAGAAACCUGCGCAAAAGAAAGAACAGAAACAGAAACAUCACGAGGAGAGAUCAGAGCGGGUUGCUGAAUAUCACCAGCCCAGAGAAGAGCAACCAGCUCCAGCUCCAGUACAGAAGGAGGUGAUUAUUGAGAAGAAAAGUGAAGAAGCCGUUCCUGUCGUAGAAGCCGAAGUCAUACCUGUGCAACAAACACCUGUACAGGCAGAGGUAAAGGCUGAAGAGGAGAUAGCUGUUGAGCCGAAAAAGGAAGAGCCUGCUGCAGUUGCGCCUGUAAUUGAGGAAGUUGGUGUUGUAGAAGAACAGCCCGCAGUUGAACCUGAGGUCAUCCCUGUGCAAGAAACACCUGUCCAGGCAGCUCCAGAGCUUGAGCCCAAGCCCGUACCUGAAGAAGUCGUACCAUCUGCACCUGUGGAAGAGCCCGUUCCUGUGCCAGAGCCAGUGCCUGAGCAAGUACCCAACUCGUCACCAGAACCAGUGGCUACACCAGUAGAAGAGCCAAUGCCUGAACCAGUGAAUAAGCCUGUCCCAGAACCAGUGCCUGAACUAGUCCCAGAGGUGCCCAUCCAUGAACCAGCAUCUGAACCCACCCCUGAACCAGUAUCGGUGCCCACCCCAGAAACAACGUCUGAACCCACCCCAGAACCAGUAUCAGUGCCCACCCCAGAAACAACAUCUGUGCCCACCCCAGAACCAGUUUCUGUACCAACCCCCGAAGCAGCGCCUGUGCCCGUCCCUGAGACCUCACCAGCAGCUGAAUCCCUAGAGAAUACUGAUGUCGCAGCUGCUUUAGUGACGGAUGAGGUCGAGACCUCUGCAGUCCUACCCGGUAAUAAGAGGACCACCAAGUUUGAGAAGAGAAUGAGCACGGAGGAGAUGGAAGAGGAGCAGAGGAUAGAGUUCACAAAUGACUUUACAGCUCUUUAAACAACACCAGGCAGUAUGCCUGUGUCAGGCCACUGAGAUGCGGAGUAAGCAGAAGUCGAAGCAUGCGCUCCCUAUAAUGAACCAUGAGGACCUUUGAGUGACUUCUCUGUUUGACUGUCUCGGAAAUGUGUAGAAAUGGAAACUUACCAUUGUGCUUUUAGUCUUUUUUCCCCUUUGUUUUCUGCCUGUGAAUAACUUCUUAAAGCAAAACGCCAAAGAACAUAAGAUUAUAUAUAUAUAUAUAUAUAUUUACACUUAGGUACAGCUAGAUACAACUAUGGCCCAUAGACUAUGACAUGUCUAUUAAAACAGUAAUGAUGUAUUUAAUCAAACACUGAGCUCGAUUUAAUGAUACAUUUACAUUAAGUUCAUUUAGUUUACGAUUUGGAAACUCUUUUGUAAAGAAAGGGAGGGAUAAUGGUGAACCAGUGAUUCUGUUUUCUUAAAUUGGAUUUUUUUUAAUUUUUUAUAUGACAUGAAAUAAUCUUGUGCCUUUGUUGAGCAUCAUGUGUUCUUUAGUCAGCCAAUCAGCAUUCAGUCUCAUAGGCUGCCUGUCCUGCUCUUCUGAAAUACCAUCGCGCCCCCUUGUGGACACACACAGCUAUGACCAUCACAGGCUAAUGGGAAAGUGCUUGCUUGCACUGUAGAGUCAGACAUGUUUAUGAUGAAAUUUAGAAACCAUGUGGAUUUUGUUGUUGUUUUUGGAUGCCAUGUAAAAAAAAAAAAAAGGUGAAUCUCAUCAAACAUUUUAUGAGUGACAUUUCAUGCCAGAAUCGGAAGAGAAUGUAAAAUUAUAAUUUGCAUAAAGAAAAAUAAAGCCUAUUUUUAGAACCCUUAUGAUUUUUUUCUUGCAUUCUGAAAAAGUAAUAUUUUACUGUAAUAACUAUUGUGGUAAACGUAAUUAUUGGUGAUACAACAAAUGCUACCAUGUGUAAAUGCUACCAUGUGUGAAUGCAUGCUUUUUUUCUGCAUUAUUUUAAAGAGAAUAUCAUUUUGAUUUUGCAGUGAAAUGUGACUGAUAGGGUUUCGUGAGAUUCACCCUAAUGGCUUUUGUAAUAUCAAUAAAGAGCCAAAUUUGA